CCCGCCAAACACCAAGAACAACGGUUAGUUGAAGUCCUAAACAAUGGAAACGCACCACAAACUAACUCAUUGCCACCGUCAAAUCUACUAGUCUUUCCUUUCUCUCGAGCAGCCCCUCGUUCAGUAGACCAGUAGCUAUCCCCUUCCCUGCUCCUCUUCUCCGCGCCUCUCUCCCCCUCUGUUCUCGACCGGAGAACUCGCCAUGUACAGAUCCGUCUCCGCUCUUGCGAGCGGCGCCCACUAUUCUUCGCCGUCGCAGCGGUGGCAGGAGGCCUGGGCUCGGUUGCUAGCUCCUUUGACUCUUUGGCUAUGUGUUUCGGUGAGCCUGAGGUACGGGUACUAUGGGGACUCUCGUAUGGUGAUUGGCCCGAGCUCGUCGAGGCUGAUCAAGGCGAGCUCGUUGUUCGUGGACCGGGUGGAAGUGCGGGAUGAAGAUAGGAAAGGGGUCAGUGUCUAUGGCUUCUCUGAGAAGCCUCAGUUGAUCUACGAGACGAACUGGACGGUGUCGAAUUAUCUGAUCGUGGGCUCUUACAAUCGAAAGGGAUUCAACCUGUGGUUGAAUAGAGGUUCGAAAAUCCGAAUGCGAUGGGAAGCUCAGACUAGCCACUUAGAUCAACUGCAAGUCGCUAUGAUUAAAGGAGAGCUUAAGUACGAAAUGUUGCAGCCGAGUUUUGCGAGUUCCCCUGAUGCUGCGGCGCUCAAAGAACCAAUUAACUUUAAAGAAGCCGAGUACUUUAUUGAAGACGACGACAAAUACUAUGUAAGAGUCAUAAAUGCCAAUCCUAGGAGCAUCAUCAUGUCGAUGAGCGUGAACGUUUCAUCGAAGAUAUAUGACAUAGCAAAGGCAAAGAUCAUGUGCUCGACAUUGAAGGGGUCCUGUCAGCUGAAGCUCCUCUUCCCUAAUACUCAGUACGUGGUGGUAACCACACCAAGCAAUGGUGACCUUGGCGAUUGGUAUAUCGAGCUCUCUUUUGUGGCUCGUGUUGUGACUUACAUUGCAAUUCUAGGAUUCAUUGUGAUUGUCAUUUAUCUAAUACUGAAGUACCUUGGAGUUUGUGAUGUUGAGAAUGAGGUCUAUGUAGACGACACCCCCACAGUUCCUGUUCGGGAAGUGACGGAGACUGCUCCUAUAAUGCCGGAGAAAUCAAGGAGGCCCACAUAUGGAACCAAUGAGGAGGAGGAGGAGGAUGGGGGAUCAUCUAGUAGCUCUUCAGAGGAUUUAUAUGAUGCGAAAUUAUGCGUGAUCUGCUAUGACGAGCAAAGGAAUUGCUUCUUUGUCCCUUGUGGGCACUGUGCUACUUGUUAUGACUGUGCUCAAAGGAUCAUGGAGGGGGAGAGUAAGGUAUGUCCGAUUUGCCGGAGGCUUAUUCAUAAAGUCAGGAGAUUGUUUAGCCCAUAAAUAGAAAUUCGACUCUGUAGAUUGCGUGAUUAUCUAUAGGAAGAAGAAAUUUACAGUCCAGUGAGAGAGAGGGUCAUUUGUUUUUGUAACCCGAGUCCUCUGUCUGACUUCUCAAUUUUCUAAUCCGAUUCUUCAUUGCCAUUCAACUUGCUGGAUCAAGUUGGCAGGAAUUUUGAGAGGAUUUAUAACUAAACUAUUGUUACCAGCAUGAAUUGUGAAUCGUUCAGAGAUAGAAUUCAACCGAGAAAGGAUCGGUGCAAUUGUAUACUUGAGAAGUGUCUCAUGUCAUUCUGUAUCUAUUUGUGUCGGUGUGAAGUCCAGAAUUUAUAUGGUGA